CUCCCUCUCUCCCUCUUUCUCUUUCACUUUUGCUUGCCCUGCAACCUUUUAAAAUGUUGCCCCUUCCCUGUGAUUCGCCAGCCGCCGCGCCGCGGCCCCCCGCGCGCUCGCCCGCUCGCUCUCUCGCCCGCUUUUUGUCUCUCGCGCUCCCUCUCCCCUCCUCCGAUUUGCUACACUGAGGCUCCCGUCAAUGGACUGCAUUGAGAGCCGGCUCCGGCACGAGUUGCCUCUCCGCUUCACGCUCGAUUUCCAGGCAUUCUUCCCUUAUUAAGUAUUCGUGUAAUAUUAAUAGUCAUGAAUAUCUGCUAUUAGCAGGCUCCAGGAACGCUGCCCAGCGCGGUUAUUAGAAGCUCAAGCGAAGCCGCCGCUAAGAAAAGAGGGGGAGACACGGAUUAAGGAACACGCGCGCGCGCGCGCACACAUACACACACACGCAGAGACACAGACACACAGACACACACACACACACACUUCUUGCUUUUUGCCUUUUUGGGGUUUUUCAUUUUUUAAGGAACUUUGAAUCCUAUCUGCUCACGGCAGGAUAGAGACCGUGGGUUCGACCAGCUGAAGGCGCCGCUCGAAUCGGUGGUUCAAGUUCGGAUGGAGCAGAGCGGGGCUCCAGCGCUCGGGGGAGCGGCGGCGCCGUGACCGGAGUCCCGGGUGGCGCGGGGCUCUCGGCGCCUUUUGUGUGGGGCGCGCUCGGGCAGCGGGGCAGCCGGGCUCUCCGGCCUUGCUUGUUGUUUUCCACCCUGACUCGUUACCCCAGACUCUUCGCAGAUGUUAGUUCACAGUUUUUCAGCUAUGGUGAGUCCCAUCCCCGCCCCCAUCCCUGUUUCCUUAGGAAUUUUCCUCUGGAAAACCUGGGGCUGCGGAGCGGCCCGUCCUCCUCGCCCGGCUUUCCUUCAGGGAACCCCCUUUCCGUCUGCAUUGCCCUCGCUCCUCGUAUCUCUCCCUCUCUUCCAUCCUUCAGCCGAACGCGGUACCCCCCAUCCCCCGCUCGACCUCUCCCGGCGCGCAGCCCUACCUCGCCGCUACUUCUCAAGGCGUGUUUCUUGCCACGUUUGUCUUUAUUUCCUCGCCUCUUCACGUGUUACCGAGAUGUUCUCAACAUUUGAUGCUUAAUCCGGCUACAGAAAAAAAUGCUGCCCGGACCGUCACGACGGCACCAGCAACGGGACGGCACGGUUGCCCCAGCUGGGCACUCCUGAACCCACUGCACGCCCAGCCGCAGCCGCAGCACCCGGGCUGGCCCGGCCAGAGGCAGAGCCAGGAGUCUGGGCUCCUGCACGCGCACCGGGGGCUGCCCCACCAGCUGUCGGGCCUGGAUCCCCGCAGGGACUACCGGCGGCACGAGGACCUCCUGCACGGCCCCCAUGGGCUCGGCUCAGGACUCGGAGACCUCCCGAUCCACUCCUUACCUCACGCCAUCGAGGACGUUCCGCAUGUAGAAGACCCGGGUAUUAACAUCCCAGAUCAAACUGUAAUUAAGAAAGGCCCCGUGUCCCUGUCCAAGUCCAACAGCAACGCCGUCUCCGCCAUCCCCAUCAACAAGGACAACCUCUUCGGCGGCGUCGUGAACCCCAACGAAGUCUUUUGUUCAGUUCCGGGUCGUCUCUCGCUCCUCAGCUCCACCUCGAAGUACAAGGUCACGGUGGCGGAAGUACAGCGGCGCCUCUCACCGCCGGAGUGUCUCAACGCUUCGCUGCUGGGCGGAGUGCUGCGGAGGGCGAAGUCUAAAAAUGGAGGAAGAUCUUUAAGAGAAAAACUGGACAAAAUAGGAUUAAAUCUGCCAGCAGGGAGGCGUAAAGCUGCCAAUGUCACCCUGCUCACAUCACUAGUGGAGGGAGAGGCCGUCCACCUCGCCAGGGACUUUGGGUACGUGUGCGAAACUGAAUUUCCUGCCAAAGCAGUAGCUGAAUUUCUCAACCGACAACAUUCCGAUCCCAAUGAGCAAGUGACAAGAAAAAACAUGCUCCUGGCUACAAAACAGAUAUGCAAGGAGUUCACCGACCUGCUGGCUCAGGACCGAUCUCCCCUGGGGAACUCCAGGCCCAACCCCAUCCUGGAGCCCGGCAUCCAGAGCUGCUUGACCCACUUCAACCUCAUCUCCCACGGCUUCGGCAGCCCGGCGGUGUGUGCCGCGGUCACGGCCCUGCAGAACUAUCUCACCGAGGCCCUCAAGGCCAUGGACAAAAUGUACCUCAGCAACAACCCGAACAGCCACACGGACAGCAGCGCCAAAAGCAGUGACAAAGAGGAGAAACACAGAAAGUGAGGCGCUCCUCCUGCCCCGCCCCCUGCCCGCGCCGCCUCCCCGGCCCCAGCACGCCCACCCACUCCAUCAACAUCUCCAUCAUCUCCAUCUCCAUCAU